GCCAGCCCCCUCUAUCGCAGCGGCUGAUCUACCAAUGGCUGUAGCGAUGGGCUGGUCCCCGGAGUACCUGUGUGUCCAGAUACAUAGAGGUGGUCGAGGAAUUCCUGGUCUAUAACAUGAUCCGGCAUGUAGGGAAGGCUUGGAGUCCCUAUAGACAGUGUGCGCUGCUGGUAUUGUACAAGAACAUCUUUUGCGUUUGUCCCUUUGGAUAAUUUUAGAUGAACUGAUCGUGAUCGACUCUGGAAAGCUAUGUACUAACAAUCAGAUCAUCGCACGGUCGCGUCAAAAGCGCAUUUUUUGGAAUCACAAAAUGGAAAGCUGUUCCCAGGAACCUGAUACCCAGGUGUUACAAAACCAACAAUGGAUGUCACAACUAUGCGAAACGUUGUGGGAUAUACCUCUGUACGAUUUGUCAAUCCCAGGGAGUCAUGACACCAUGACUUAUUGUUUAGACAGAUGUUCACCAAUUGAUCCAGAUUCACCAAAGUUGCUGCUCUUUUUAGGAAAAUAUGUGCCUUCUCUAACGCGCAAAAUCCUUUUACGAUGGUGUAUGACACAGACUUUAACGGUUGCUGAGCAGCUGGAUGCUGGUAUAAGAUACCUCGAUCUUCGAAUAGCUCACAGGCCUGACAUUCCUUCUCCAAACCUCUAUUUUGUACAUGGAUUGUAUACGUUUUUGACAGUUGAGGAAAUUCUGAAUGAGAUCUCAGACUGGAUGACAAACAACCCGAAGGAGAUACUUAUCCUAGCAUGUCGUAACCUACAAUCAAUGUCCCCAGUACACCAUAUGCAUCUAAUUAGCUGCAUACAGAGGAUAUUUGGAUCCAAGUUAUGUCCAAAACAUGAACCACCUACACUAAGGAACAUGUGGAAAAAAGGAUUUCAAGUUAUUGUUUCUUAUGACAACAAUGUGACAUUAAAAAAUGUGCACCUGUGGCCUUCUAUACCUUACUGGUGGGCAGACACAACAAAUAAGCACUCCUUGAUUAACUUCCUGGAGAAGAAAAAGCACUCGGGACGGCCAGGUGAAUUUUUCGUUGCUGGUCUUAAUUUGACAGAAAACACCUCAUAUGUCUUAAAACACCCUUUGGGAUCCAUGAAGAAAUUGACUUUGCCUAAACUCCCGUUCCUGAACAGCUGGGUGCAGAAGCAACACCCUGGAGUUAGCAAAGAUGCCACCAACAUCAUGGCAGAGGACCUCAUUGGCUCUGGCCAGUUUAUUUCUGAUGUUAUUGACCUUAAUCACAAGCUGUUAUUGCAUAAAAACUGACAAUAGACUGU